GGGCUGUGUGAGCGGGGAGCGAGGACACAGGUUUCGGAGUAGAAAGCAGGGAUUUGAAGGCUUGUUCUUAAAAUCCUGUGUGAUUUUGGACAAGUUGCUUACCUGCUCUGAAUUUCCCUUUCUUCGUGUAUAUGAAGACUGUCUUUUGUAUGUGUUUGAAGGUUAGUGGAUGAUAUAUGUAAAGUGUUCGCGAAGGGCUUCACACAGGGGGAACCUUCAGUGAGAGUUAUUUCUAUUAUUGUUACUUCGUAUUCCCCACCCUUGUCAGAGGAAUUGCCCCUCACACUUAUCACAGUGCUUUGUUUCAUGGAUUCUGCAAAUUCCCCUGAGGCUGAAAACGUUCUUACUUGUUAGGGAGAAACCUAAAGCCUCAGACUCUAACAUCCGCUCUUGGAACAGCGAGUGCUGGUUGCUGUUUGUCUCCUGACACUCGUGCAGCCAAGUCAUGACUAAGUGUAAUUUGUAAAGCUCAGCUUGCUGCUUCAGUCACUGGUCAUGUUUUCCGCCCCUUCCUUUUCAUGUUGCUUAUCUGCCAAAAAGACUUCUGCUGGUAGAAAUCGAUUGGUUAGUUUAGUUGCUGAAAUAUUUACCUUUUCACUUAAUUUUUUCUCCCCCGUUUUGGUCAUGAAAUUUUUAAUUUUCCACCCUCACCCUCUCUGCAGUUUGGGUAUCUCCAGCGUAAAUAAUUUGAGUUUUAGUUUUAUUUACGAGGAAGAAGGACACCGUGUGUGCAGUAGUCCAGACAGUUGACUCGAGAGAUGGUCAGUCCUGCUGGGCUUGUGCUUUGUGGAUGGGAAAGCUGAUGCUGUGGAUCCCGUGGCUGGAUCGGAGCCUCGAGCUGGUGGUCCAGCCAAGGCUCGGGGCUGCUGAUCGCAGGCCGCUCUGGCUUCUAUACUCAAGUUGCUUUGAAAAACGGACUGGAGAAACUUUUAUAAAAUUCAUUUGUAUUGGAGCAUAUGAUCAACAAAUAUGGGAAAAAUCUGUUGAACAAAGAGAAAUCAAGUUUCUUAAACUGGGUUUACGGAACAAACCGAAGAAAACAGCACAUGUGAAACCAGACCUCAUAGAUGUUGAUCUCGUAAGAGGGUCUGCGUUUGCUAAGGCAAAACCUGAAAGUCCUUGGACUUCUCUGACCAGAAAGGGCAUCGUCCGAGUUGUGUUUUUUCCCUUUUUCUUCCGGUGGUGGUUACAAGUAACGUCAAAAGUCAUCUUUUUCUGGCUUCUUGUCCUUUAUCUUCUUCAAGUUGCCGCAAUAGUGUUAUUCUGUUCCGCUUCUAGCCCGCAUAGCAUCCCUCUGACGGAAGUGAUCGGGCCCGUAUGGCUCAUGCUGCUCCUGGGAACUGUGCACUGCCAGAUUGUCUCCACAAGAACCCCCAAACCCCCUCUGAGUACAGGGGGUAAAAGAAGGAGGAAGUUAAGAAAAGCGGCCCAUUUGGAAGUGCACAGAGAAGGUGAUGGUUCUAGUACCAGCGACAACACACAGGAGGGAGCAGUUCCGAGCCACGGCACAAACACCUCUUACGGCGUUGGCGCUGUCUUCAGAGAUCUCUGGCACGCUGCUUUCUUUUUAUCAGGGUCAAAGAAAGCGAAGAAUUCAAUUGAUAAAUCCACUGAGACUGACAAUGGCUAUGUAUCCCUGGAUGGGAAAAAGACUGUUAAAAGCGGUGAGGAUGGAGUGCAGAGCCAUGAGCCUCAGUGUGAAACUCUUCGGCCAGAAGAGACAGCCUGGAGCACAGGGGCUCUGCGGAACACUCCCAGCAAGGACAGCCAAAGGACAAUAGCAAACGUCUCUGAUGAAGUCUCCAGUGAGGAAGGUCCUGACACAGGAUACCCACUACGCCGCCACGUGGACAGGCCUUCCGAGAGUGUUUUCCGGAACAGAAAGUCACACCAUUAUAAGAAACAGCACCCUAAUGAGGAUGCCCCUAAAUCGGGUACUAGUUGCAGCUCUCGCUGUUCAAGUUCCAGACAGGAUUCUGAGAGCACAAGGCCAGAAUCUGAAACGGAAGAUGUCUUAUGGGAAGACUUGUUACAUUGUGCAGAAUGCCGGUCAUCUUGUACCAGUGAGACAGAUGUGGAAAAUCCUCAGAUUAAUCCAUGUGUGAAAAAAGAAUAUAGAGACGACCCUUUUCAUCAGAGUCAUUUGCCCUGGCUCCACAGUUCCCACCCUGGAUUAGAAAAAAUAAGUGCGAUAGUGUGGGAAGGCAACGACUGCAAGAAAGCAGACAUGUCUGUCCUUGAAAUCAGUGGCAUGAUAAUGAACAGAGUGAACAGCCACGUACCAGGAAUAGGAUACCAGAUUUUUGGAAAUGCAAUCUCGCUCAUCCUGGGUUUAACUCCGUUUGUUUUCCGACUCUCCCAAGCUACAGACUUGGAACAACUCACGGCUCAUUCGGCUUCCGAGCUUUACAUGAUUGCAUUCGGUUCUAAUGAAGACGUCGUAGUUCUUUCUAUGGUCAUCAUAAGUUUUGUGGUUCGUGUGUCUCUUGUGUGGAUUUUCUUUUUCUUGCUCUGUGUAGCAGAAAGAACUUAUAAACAGCGAUUACUUUUUGCGAAACUCUUUGGACAUUUAACGUCAGCAAGGAGGGCUCGAAAAUCGGAGGUUCCUCAUUUCCGGCUGAAGAAAGUACAGAACAUAAAGAUGUGGCUGUCGCUCCGGUCCUAUCUUAAGCGUCGAGGUCCUCAGCGAUCGGUCGACGUCAUAGUGUCAUCUGCUUUCUUGUUGACCAUCUCGGUUGUGUUUAUCUGUUGUGCCCAGCUGCUUCACGUGCAUGAGAUCUUCCUUGACUGUCACUACAAUUGGGAGCUGGUCAUCUGGUGCAUCUCGUUAACACUUUUUCUCCUAAGAUUUGUUACCCUCGGGUCAGAAACCAGUAAAAAAUAUAGCAAUACCUCAAUAUUACUCACUGAACAGAUAAACCUCUACUUGAAAAUGGAGAAGAAACCCAACAAGAAAGAGGAACUGACACUAGUGAAUAAUGUUUUAAAACUGGCUACUAAACUGCUAAAGGAGCUGGACAGCCCCUUCAGACUGUACGGGCUCACGAUGAACCCCCUGCUCUACAACAUCACGCAGGUCGUCAUCCUGUCGGCCGUGUCCGGCGUCAUCAGUGACCUGCUUGGCUUCAAUUUAAAGCUGUGGAAGAUUAAAUCAUGACAACUCAGAGAAAAGAAGAUGUGGCGUCUUUUCCGGAACAAGAGUACCAGCCACGCUGCCUGAGAGCCGUCACUCACUCUGCUCCAGGAGCUCAGCCGGGAAGCGGAAGUGUUUACAUCAGACUGUCUUGUGCAAUCCUUAUAUUUAUUUUACUUGUUCACUGUUUUUUACAUUUAUUUUAGUCUUUAUAUUUUAUUCGUAGCAUUGAUGUACUUAGUUGUUGAAAGGGUGAUAAAACUGAUAUCAAGAUACUUGAGAUCCUGGUAAUUGCUCAUAAAUCAUCGACAAAGUAACGAAUCGUGACAAUAGAAGCCAUUGCUAAACACUGUUUCUCCAUCAAUGCCGUGAACUUGCCUUACUUGAGGAAAACUCCUUUAACUUUGGAAUAUUGCGUUGGACUCAGCUGAACACACAGAGCGUUUUCUUCGGUGAAUCAAGAUUCAGUCAGGGUUUCUCUGGAGUUGUCUCGGAACAAUGCCAGGAUCGACACUGAUUAAGCUGCAGUUGAGGCACCCUUCAGUAUUAAUGUAGAGAGUGUCCCAUACAGGUCAACAAGUGCUCUUGGAUGGAGAAACUCUUAGUAGAGCAAUAAUUGUAAAUGGUUCCCAUACUGUAAGAUAUUUUGAUAAAAAUUAACUAGUAAUAAUUGUAUUUAUUUGAAACACUGGGCUGUUUGCACAGCUCCAGCUGUGCAUGCUCAAAAUGUGCACUUUUUAAAACUGUUACUUUUAAUGCGUAUCUUUCUAUGGGCGAUGUUCUAGUGUGCUAGGGCAUGAUACGGUAUCCUUCUGAGUGAGGUUUCCACUCCUCUCACAAGGGAAGUGCCUAUUGACAUUACUAGAGUACGUUACGUUUACUCAAGUGGAAUAAUCUUCUCCCCAUGGUACACUCUGGUGUAUGCUGUUCAUACCACACAGAUGAACACCUUAAGAAUAAGGUUACAAACCGAUAAAGGACUCCUCUGAUUGCUAGUUAUAAAACAGUAUCCCAAUUUUCAGGAAAGACAGCUUCAGCUUGCAAAUUUUGUCCUCUAAGCUUAACCUGGUACCAUCCACACCCCCCCCCCCCCCCCCAUUAUAGAAGGGCUAUUUUAGAUGCUUUUAAUCUGGAAAGUUAACCCCCUUCCCCCGAAAUAAUUUGCCAAGUCUCCAAAUGAGAACUUAUCGUGUUGGCAUAUUAGGUAAAUAGGGCGAAUAUGAUGGUGUCUUACAUUGGGCCUUGAUUUUAAGUUGUUAUAUUUGUACAAUCAAGAAUAUUUUAGGAAUUACAUGAAACAUGAAAUGUUUUUGGAGUUUUUUUUUUUAACCAGGUGUCUAGUUUCUAAAACAAAGAAUUUAUUUGAAACAAUCUAGAAUUUUCUUGGUGCAAGAUAUACCAUGUUGAAUAUCCUCACAUUUUUUACCAUGUUUUAGGGAAUUUAAAAUAAUGAAUCGUAAAUGAUUUAUUUGACUGGUGCAGUUGUAAUCCCCGAGUCAUAAUCUUCGGGUCAGGAAUGUGUAGAGAACAGAGCCCCAUCCUGGUGCCGCUUUGCUCUCACCAUUCCUCUUGACCAUCCUCAUUCAGACUCAUCGUGUAGUGUAUUUUCUUUCUGUAGAAAACGGCAAAAGCAUUUUGUUUUGUUUGCCUGUGUUCUAAUAUGUUUCAUAAUGACCAAAGUGCAUUCUGAGUUUUUUCAAGGAAUGUAUUACUGGAGCUUUAAGAACAUACUUAUUUUCUCAUGUGAAAAAUUAGGCUUUGUCUGAUGUUUCUUCUUCCUCUAUUGUCUAAUGUUGAGGUUGUUUUUAAGAAUUAUAUUUUAUAAACUUUUUCAAAAUAAGGUACAUACCUAUACAGAACUUAACAUUUUGCACAGAAUAUAUCAAAUAUAUUUUGAGAAAAAAGUACAGCAUGAGUUCUGUUAGGAAUAAAAGAGAAAUUAUUGUAUCUCACACACACAAAAAUACUUAAUUCAGAAUGGAAAUAUUUUUGAGAAAAGUAGCUGAGUAUACUGAUUUAGGAAAAUGCUUGUUUUGGAUUGAAGUUCAUUUUAACUUAGAGUUGGGAGUUGAUUUAUUGAGUACAGUGUACCUCUCAACACCUUAUUAAUAAUAUGUUGAAUUAUGUCACUAAUGUGGGCAGCAGAAUACUAAUAGGAAAAACUGGUCAUUUUAAACGGUUUCAGAACAUAAAUGGAAUUGUCUUCAAAGGAGAAAAAUUGACGUUGCUGCCUUUAAGAGUACCAUGAAUGUAAGAAGUGGAAAGAAUUGUAACAUAUGACGUAAUAUAGAAACAGCAGUACAGAGGUAGAAUUGUGGCAGAUGUGGUGUGUUAACUGUGGUUUCUUUGCCACAUGUGUUGUAUUUGAAAGUUUGAACAGCAAUUUUAAAAUAAAACAUUCUAUGACUGACAGUGUUAAA